ACAACAUUGAAAUCAUGAUUAGGUGACACUCGACCUCAAGGCAGACAGUUGCAGAGUCCUAGGUUGUGACACGUCUAAAGAUGGCAGCCAAGAUGCUUAGUACAGUGUCGAUGCUCAACACAGACCAUCGUAUAGCUUCGUUCUACUCCACAGCUCCUUCCAAGGGCAAAUCAAAGAAAACAAACACCAACCAGACCAUCAUCUUCCCAUUGGAUCCCCGACAAUAUCCUAACCUGACGCCUGAAAACCUGGCCAGUGCUGGAUUCUUCUUCAAGCCUACCGAGGGGGAAGAGCAAGACGAUACGUGCCAAUGCUAUCUAUGCGGACUUCAACUUGGAGGGUGGGACGUAGGCGAUGAUCCCAACGAAGAGCAUGCCAAGAGGAAUGCUUGUCCUUGGGCAGAAUUCAUGUGUCGGAGCAAAAUGAACAGAAAGCGAGGGACCAAAACAACAUAUGAGACAUCUGAUGACUUGCCUUCGUCUGCUCAAUCCUCCUCGUGGCGUGAAGCAACGUUUGGUAAAUGGUGGCCUCACAAGCAGAAAGCCGGCUGGCUCCCGACAGCCAAGAAUCUCGCUAAAGCUGGUUUCGUGUUUAGUCCCGCCUCGGAUGCGGAGGAUCUCGUGGUCUGCCCACUUUGCGAGUAUGGAGUUGAAGGGUGGGAAGCAACCGAUGAUCCGACGGCCAUACAUUACAGUAAAUCACCCGACUGUGAUUUUUUCGUCGCGCAAGUCGCUGGAUCAUCAUCGACAGCACAACAAGCACCGGCGAAAGCUCCUAAAGGGGGCAAGAAAGCCAAACGAGGGAACGCGCCCGCCCCAUCGGAGUCUGAAGCUGCGUCUGAGAAUGAUGCUGCAGCGGAAGACGACGCGGUCGCUCAAUUGGGGCACGGCAAGGCACCACCGAUUCCGAGGCAUACGAAACCACGCGUCGCCAGCAGAACACGGGGCAGAGCGGCAGAAGUCGAGGCGGACAAGGAGGAAGAGGAUGCGCCGGAGGAAGCGACUGUCGAGCCUGCUGAGCAGCGUAAACCUCGCAGAGGCAAAGGAAAGAGCAAGGCCAAAGUGGAUAUUCCCACCGCCAGCGAAGCCGAAUCUGAGCCUAGGGAGACGGUGCAAGAAGAUCCUGAACCUGAAUUCGGCGUUGCUUCGCCAUCACCGAAACCUAUAAAAGCUCGACGGGGACGGAAGAAGAAGGCCGAGGUACCAGAAGAGGCUGUCGUUGAUGAGCACGUGGAAGUUGAGCCGGAGGCGCAGCCGGUGGUCGAGGAGCAGAAAUCGAAGCAGCGAGGACGGAAAAAGAAGGGCAAGAAGUCUGAACCGGUGGUGGAGAUUGUCACCUCUCAACUCGGGCUUGGACGCCCAGCGUCGGGACAGCCUGCUCGAUCUACGCGCUCGGCCAGUGCGAAAAGUCAACAGUCUCAAGUCGUCGAUGUGGAUGCUGAUCUAGAGCAAAGCGCAGAGGAGGAAGGGGAUGAAGAAGCAGGGGAGUCUGCUUCGGAAGUCGAAGUGGCAGGAGACAAGACCAUCCGAGCCUCGUCACCACCCUCCAAGACGUCCUCUAAGGCUGGUUCGACUCAAUCUGCACGACCUGCGUCUCAACUCGAUCGAUUCGCAAUCAUACCACCUUCAUCCCCCUUCCAAAAUGCUCAAGCUCAUUCCAAGUCAGCGCCUGCGCGAGCACCUCUCCAACACGGUCCUCCUGCAACUCUGGCGGAUACAUCUGCUUCCGAGACCCCCCGAGCGAAAUCUACAUUGGUCAGUUCUAAACCUGCCAAGCCAUCGCCUCGAGUCAACAACCUUACUCGAGAUGCUCUUGACAAGUCUAUCCUGGACGGCGCUAAAGAAGCUCGAAGAGUCAUGGAUGAUCUUGUCCUCAAUACGUCUGAACACCAGGUCGACGAAUUGACGGAAGAACAGAAAAGCAUGACGUUGGAGGAUCUGGUAAGGGUCGAAAUGAAGAAGCGGUACGAGAGCAUGAAAGAUAGAGGUGAAGAGAUGAUCAAGGACUGGGAGCAGAAAUCUCUAGAGGCGAGAAGGAGGAUAGAGUCAUUAUGAGUGGUGUCCUAGAGUGUCUUCACGUCGUCUUAGGGCUAGAAUCACGUUGCACUUCCGAUUCUCCGGCGAAUCCUUUUUGGUACCUUCCGCGCAUUGUUUCCCGAC